AUGAAAAACUUUGAGAUACAAGUAAGAGAAGCUCUUUGCAUCGAAAUAGACACUAACUAGUCAUAAAUAUUCCAAUACUCAUCAACUACCACAUGCGAUUCAAAAAAGAAAGCAUCAGAUUUCCAAUGCUAUAUUAUCUCGAUGAAAUCAUUUCUAGGUUUGUCAUAUCUUUCAAUUCCCACGACAUUCAAACUUGCAGGCAUAGUAGGAGGUCCAAUAAUGCUAACAGUUGUGACUCUGAUUAAUUUUCUUACAAUGAACCAAUGCUUAGAAGUAUCAGCGCAAUUUCCAGGUGUUAAAUCUUAUUCUGAGCUUGGAUUUAAAGUACUUGGAAAGUAUGGGAAGAAUUUCAUUGAUUUUACUGUCUGCAUUACUCAGCUAGCGUGUUGUGUUGCCCACUAAUUCUUUACGGCUAAUUCAUUGAAUUUCAUUAUUUGCACUUAUUCUAAUCAGGUGCAUUGCUAUGGAGAUAAGCUUUUCAUGAUUCUCAUUACUAUACCAGUUAUUAUAUUCAGCUUCAUAGGAUCUUAUAGAGAGCUAGCCAACCUUUCUAUUCCAGCGCUAUUUAUUACCUUUUCUGCAUUGAUAACUCUGCAUGUCUUAUCUCUGCAGAAAAUUGGAGAGACAUAUGACUAACCUAAAGAUGACCUCAUCUGGUUUAAUUUAUAUGCAAUGAUGGGAAGAAUUGGAACAGUUAUGUACAUGUUUACGAGUAAUCCAUCAUUAAUGAAUAUCCAUAAUGAAGCCAAAAAUUAUCAUACAUUUCCAAAAAUUCUCAGAAACGUGGUGCUAGGUCUUUUAAUACUAUUUAAUAUAUUUGGAUUGCUUACUUAUUUAGGAUAUCGCAAUGAAACAGUGCCAGUAUUCAAAAUGAAAAUUGGACCACAAGAUCAAAUAAUAUUAUUUGUGAUAUUGGGAUUUUGCUUUAAUUCCCUGACAUCUUACCCGAUUUAAAUACUCACUGCAUUUUUAAUAAUAGAGCGGCUUGAUGUUUACGAUAAAACAAGAAUAAAUAUACAAAUCAAAAAAUACCUAAUCAGAUCACUAAUCAUAGUUGCAGUAACUGGAGUAUGCUUUAUUGUGCCAAACUUUUCAGAUUUCUUGAAUAUUUCAGGGUCAUUAGGAGCAACUUUCUCAUCAUUUAUUAUUCCUUAGUUACUCUAUAUGAAAGUAUUCAAAGACAGAUUAACAAUCUAUCAAAAGAUAGGUUGCUUUAUGCUAAUUGCUUUUGGUGUAUUUGCCAGUGCAUGUUCACUGACUUUUACGAUAAAUAGAUUAAUUAAUGGAGAACAAUGA